CUUCCACCCUCACAUUUACAUCCGCUCUCGCUCUCUUUCUCUCCGCUCUCUGCUCCACUCACAUCCCUCGACUCCCCUAUCCUUCCCCACGGUGUGCAGGUGUUCGUGGUACUGUGUGCGCUGGUACUGGUUGGCGGGGCGCUGGGUGAAGCGGCACUCGGCAACUACUACAAGGACGUCGUGCGGGAGCAGCACGAACUGAUCAAUGAGAUGAAUCAAAACUUUACCGAGCUGGAGCGGGCGAGCGAAAAGCUGAUCGAUCUCGGGUUCUACGUCGGCAAGCACAAGCUGCCCCCGAAAACGGUCAAGAUCACGAAAACGGUGGCGGUCCAGGUGCCGGUACCGUUCCCGGUGAAGGUACCGGAACCGGUCCCGGUGCCGGUUCCGGUCGCCAAGCCCGUCCCGGUGCCCGUCCCGACGCUCGUCGCCGUACCGGUCGAGAGUACGGUGGCGACCGUGGCCUCCUCCCCGACCGACGACGGCGGGCGUCCGAGUCCGUCGGCCGAGCCGGCGGACGCGGACCCAGCGUCGUCGCAGGUGCACGCGAGCACGGCCCAGGAGGUCCAAGAGUACGUACACUCGUUUCCCAUACACUCUGUAUACGACGCUGGCGACGAUUACAAUCCCAUGGAAGGAAACCGUCUCGCACUAGCGGAACACACUGCAUCCCCUACUGAGAGCACGUUCAGUAAACCAAGUCCUUCUUCACUUCAACAGUUGGAAGAAUACCACCCAAAGUACUACCAUUCCCACCAGCGCCCCUCCGCACAGCAGCCGAAGCAGCAGCAUCCUCAGCAGCAUCGUAAGCCAACGGCGCCGGGACUGGAUCAGGCCGCGGAACAGUACCACCGGGGACGCACCGGGGACCAACGAUAUGGCGGUGGUGCUCAAGUUCAAGCCGGUGCGCAUCCGGCUGGCCAGUACGGACCUGAGCCUGAUGCGCUCCAGCCGGCGGCCGAGCCGUAUGACUUCGGCAUUGACGCUAGCCAACUCCACUCGGCCGCGUUCGCCCGUGCCCCGGAUACGCCCUAUACCGCUGCGGCAGGCGUCGCCGGAGGCAAAUCUGCAUCGGCUGCGCCGUCAGCGCCAUCGGCCAUCGGUGAGGGCAGCAGCGACUCCAGCAGCGAGGAAGAUUCCCGGCUCACCAAUACGAUCGAGGAGUCGGUGGAAGAGUCACAGUCGCUGGAGGAGUCGGAGGAUCGGGAGAAUCUGGACGAAUAUCAGGAUCUGACGGAGGAGCUGGACUCGCUGGAGCAAAUGUCGGAGGAGUCGGAGGAGCUGGCCCCGAAACCGGUUCGCACUCGUACGUCCAGUACGUCGAAGACGCGGCACUCCAAGCGCACGCCCAAGUCGAAGAAGUACCGCGCUACCAAAGUGAAGGCGAAACGCGACUCCAGGCAGGGUUCGAAGCGGGAUUCCAGGCCGGGCUCGAAACGACACACCAAGCGGGACUCGAAGCGGGAUUCCAGGCCGGCCUCGAAGCGGACCAAGAAGCCCAAAAAGCCUACGACCACAACGACCGUACGCCCCGUCCAUUCCAAACCGUACGGGAGUCGUACCCACGGUAUGAGAAGCCCGAUACUGCCCGCUAUCAACCCUCGCAGUCCUCCGCGGGAGACGCACGAGGCAGUGCCGGCGGCGUCCUAUCAGAAGCCUACGAUCACCCAGCUUUUGCCAAGUCGCACCGACCUGCUGCUGCAACCGGACCCGUACCAACCGCUGCCACCGUUACCUCCACCGCCACCACCCACGGUUACCCGGUACCGGGGGAACGGUCCCUUUACCCGUCGCUAUCCACCGCGGGCCACCAUCAUACGCAUCCACAUCCAGCGCACCUACCGGGGGAAGCGCAUCAAGAUCUUCGUGAUCAAGCCCACCACGACAACCACGACGACGACGGCGCCGGAUCUUCUGGACAACUCCGAUUUCCCUUCUACCACGCCACCAAACACGAUCCCCAUCUUGUACGGGCUGGCGUCGAAUCGUAUCGUGCAGGCGGUGCCUCUUCCACAGGACCAUCCUAUCAGCUCCGCCAGCAGCGCCAGCUACCACAGCGAGCACGGAGCCGAUCAGUUUGGCCAGCAGUACAAGGGCAGCUACUCCGCCAAGCCCACCGUCUACAGUGUCCCCAGCGACGCACACCUCUAUCCAGAGUACGGCGGAAGCCACAGCGACAACCACCAUCAAGGAGGUGGACACGACGACCACGGUACUAGCGGCAAGUUCCACUAUCACUUCCACAAUGUCCACCCAAUCGGAGGUGGUAAUUCCGACCACCAGCAGCAGCAGCAGUCCUCCGCCAGUGAGCACCACUACACAGCCGUCCACGGAGGGCACGCCAGCGCCGAGUACGGCGGUGGUGCUGCCGGACCGGACGGAAGUGUCGUAAGCUCGUACGAUCCACCUGCCAGCGGCAGCGCGUUCCACUUCCACGACGACGCAUCGGCGGCCGCUUCGAGCGAUAUGUACGCAGGGGCGUCGACCCAGUACGGUCACUCCUCGCCAUGA